UAUUAAUAUAUUCGCACCACUUAGUAAUCCUUCAUACAAUUUCUUUGCAUUAAUCAAUCAUGGCCAAGCUUCCCAUAAACCCUUUACUGCUUCUCAGUAGGCGGACGUACUCAUAUGCGGUUGCAGCAGAGAAUGUAAGAGUGCAGCCAGUGGCCGCGGCGGCGGCGAUGAGGCCAAUGGCGGCAGCGAAAGAGGCGGUCCCGGCGGGAACUAACAAGAAAGAAGACUUUUGGAUGAGAGACCCGAAAACGGGCAACUGGGUUCCAGAGAGUCACUUGGGUGAUGAUCAGAUUGAUGUUGCUGAUCUGCGAGAGAAACUGCUUUCCAAGAAUCAUAAAAAAACUACUCUUUAGAAACUUGCUAAUUCUAUCUUUCACUAUGCAUGGGUGUGGUACCAGCUCAGAUUCUGAUGAUCAUCAUGGACCGAUUCUGAUUACAAAUAACCUAUAGUAGUAAAGCUUGAUGCUUAUUCCAGGCUUAAUAAUUUAAUUACGCGCGUUAUGUUCAAAUUUCUCUAUUUUUUUAUCAGUUGCAAAGAAAUCUCUACACUAUUUACCUUUCUGUGCCACAAAAUUUUAUGU